AUGUUUGAGAAGAAGAACAAGAGGUAUUUCAACGUCGAGAGCACCAUGAUCUUCGACCCAUCCAUCAACAAGGACGAAAUUCUCACUCAGGUCCCCGCUGUCCCAUUCGUUGAACACUGGAAGGGUCUCUUCCCAUUCAACGAGACCUUCACCAAGCAAAUUCACGAUAUGGCCGACAAGUGCGGUUACAGCAAUUACAUGAAGGAACAUCUCGUCUAUCCACCAAAGGGUAAACUCCCUGCCCUCCCCAAGGCUACUCCCGAGUGCGACGUCUGGACCGCCAUCUUCGACGCCGUCUCCCUCGUAAAUCCAUGCUUUGACGUCUACCAGGUAGCCACUACCUGCCCUCUCUUGUAUGAUGUCCUCGGAUUCCCAGGAAGUUUCGAAUACCUACCUGCCGGAGCAAAUGUCUACUUCAACCGCACCGACGUGCAGAAGGCCAUCAAUGCUCCCCUCCAGAAAUGGACCGAGUGUGCUGAACACCCCGUCUUCGUUGAUGGAAAGGAUAACUCUGAACCAUCAUCUUUCACCGUCAUCCCUGAUGUCAUCGAGAAGUCUCCUCGUACCAUCAUUGCACACGGAGAUCUCGACUACGUCCUUAUCAGCAAUGGAACCCUACUUAGCAUCCAGAACAUGACCUGGGGUGGUGCUCAAGGUUUCAGCCAGGAACCUUCCAAGCCUCUUUUCGUGCCAUACCACGAACGUGGUAGCUUGAGCACACUCUCCGGAGCCGGUGUAUUGGGCCGCCACCACACUGAGCGAAAACUUACUUAUGUUGAGCUCUACCUGACUGGCCACAUGGGCCCCCAGUACAACCCCUCUGCCUCGUACAGGAUAUUGGAGUACUUGUUGUGCAGGAUCGAUGAUCUGUCCAAGUAG